AUGGCGACCGACGUACACAAGAAGGCAGACGAGGCGGUGCCAGCUCCAGGUCCAAAUGCUGGCUUGCUCAGGAAACCAAGUGACGCACAUCCGGCCGGUCGUAUCAAGCAUAACAAGCUGAUGCAAAUCCUCCGCGGUGUCUCCUUCGCCGUCUAUUUCGCAGCAUGCUGCGCAAGUAUCUUUAUCACCCAGCUGAUGGGCUGCGGCCUCUACCUGGUCAACCGCGAGCUCUACUACGCCUACAUGGCCCUGACGAAACAAUCCUUCGCCCUGACCACGACCGCGAUGACGCACAUCUGGGGCCCCACGAAGAUCCGGAUAAGCGGCGAUGCAUCGGUAGCGGGGCAAAUACGGCAGACACCCGGCGGCGGCGUUGAGUUCGACUUCCCCGAGCGCUUGAUCCUGAUCGCGAACCACCAGAUCUACACGGACUGGCUAUACCUCUGGUGGGUGGCGUAUGCCAACGAGCCAGGCAUGCAUGGGCACAUCUACAUCAUCUUGAAGGAGUCGCUCAAGUACAUUCCCCUCGUCGGCUGGGGCAUGAUGUUCUACGGCUUCAUCUUCAUGUCGCGCAAGAUGUCCACCGACCAGCCGCGCCUGGCGCAUCGCCUUGGCAAGCUGAAGAUGGAGCACACUACUCCCAGUGGCAAGAAGCACCGCGACCCGAUGUGGCUGCUUCUCUUCCCCGAGGGCACAAAUUUGUCAGGCAACGGCCGCAGGAAGUCAGCGGCAUGGGCGGAGCAGACGGGCCUGAAGGACCCUGAGCACCUACUGCUCCCACGCAGCACCGGAAUGUACUUUUGCCUGAAGGAGUUGAAGGGGACUCUGGAUUACGUCUAUGACUGCACUGUCGCAUACGAAGGCGUCCCUCGUGGCAAGUACGGCGAGUCCUACUUCACCCUCGCGAGCACCUACUUCCAGGGCCGCCCCCCGAAAUCGGUCAACUUCCACUGGCGCCGCUUCCGCGUCGCCGACAUGCCCCUUCACGACCAGAAGGAGUUCGACGCCUGGGUGCGCGAGAGGUGGUACGAGAAGGACGCCCUGAUGGAGGAGUACCUCGUCAACGGCCGCUUUCCACCAAGUGAGGACAACAAGAAGGGAUACAUCGAGACGGAGGUCCGCCUGAAGCACUGGUGGGAGCUGUCCCAAGUUUUUGUUGUUGUAGGAGCCGCCGGGCUCAUUUUUAGGAUGUUCAUCAACACGAUGCAGCGCUGGGCGGCGGCCUUCUAG